UUUCCUUAAUCACAUGCUCCCCUUUAUCUUUCUUCCUUGCUUUUCAUCCGAUAAGCCCGAGUCACUUAUGUAGGGUAAAUCCUCGCAGCAUCACCACUUGCCGCUUCCUCCUGUCAAGCCUUGAUUUGUGGAGCAGCAGUUCACUCACUCCGCAGGAAGGAGAUGGAGAGACUGGGCGUCCACAGGAAGAAGAGCCCCAAGCAAUCCAAGGCCAAGAAGACGCCCAUCAAAGUGGUGUACAUCUCCAACCCCAUGAAGGUGAAGGCGAGCGUCGCUGAGUUCCGCUCCGUUGUCCAGGAACUCACCGGCCAGGACUCCGACAUCGCCGGCUUCUCCAAGUAUCGCUCGGUGGACACCGAUUCCGGCGAUCCCCCUCCCUCUAACUCCCCCGGCUUGGCCGUCGAGUCAACCCGGGCAAACCCUAGCGACACGGAUCUGCUCUACGAUGCGUGUCGAAGGAUCACGAGCCCGGUGAGGGAGUUGGAUGAGUACCUCGACGUCUCAGAAAUGCGCGAUGGUUUUGCAGAGUUCUCGCCGUCGCCGCUGUACUACGAGCCCCAAAGCCAUGGCGUUCGUGAUUGCGUCUGAUGAAGCGCAAAGGAUGCACAGGCGAUCUCGCUAGUAAGUUUGGUUGUGCAACUCUUUCGAUCUAUCUCAUGCUGUCGCUCAAAUUUGCAGUCUUAGUACCAAAGGUGUGCAUAGCUGUGUAUUGUCUUAAGUAGGUGAUUUUGUUCACUCUUGAAGUGGAAAAUGGUGUGAAGAUUAAGUGUGUUAGCAAGUUAAAUGAUUAUAAAGCUGGUAAUUAUAAUGCUAUUGGAGAAUGGUCUUCGUGAAUAAUACAACCAAACUCAUCGGUAGAUCCAAGUAUGGUUUAGGAAGCGAAAGUGUUACGGAGGGAAGAAUCAUCUCGCCAGGAAGGUUCAUUGAUGAACUAUGGAGUCCAACUGGUAUACGACACUAGAAAUGGGAGGAGGUUAACAGAUCUUGAUCUUGACGUAAUACUAUGGAAACCUCAUGUUGGAUCUCGCAGACAACAAUGUAGUACGUAGUGGUGAAGUCUAAUUACCAGGUGAGGAUUAUAGGCACCAAAGUGUGUUCCUUUACGAUCUAAGUUGGAAGUGGAAUAAAGUUGCCUUGAAGCCUUCGUUCGAUGGAUGAAGACAUCACAGGCAUACGGCACUGAUGACAUCUCGAACCCCAAAGCUUGUGCAGGUCUAAUUUUGUCAGCCUACUAAAGCUGUCCAAAUAAUAUUGCUAGUUUCUCUGGGUUCCUUGUGUUGAAGUGGAUGAUGGUCUUUACUAGUGUUAGUGCCUUACAAUAACAACACUCUUCAUGUCUCAGUAUCAUGCAUGGCAGAUGGAUCACUCACGUUGCUAGUUGCUUACUGUAAGACUUUACAGGUUAUACUUACUUUUGUGUUUUGGAUGGUUUAUCAUAGUUACUUAACUGCGUAAGCUAAUUUUUUUUGUGUGAAUCUGUCCAUCAAUGAUGCGGCUCUUUGGAUUUGCAUACGUUUAUGUGAGAAUUUAAAGUGGCUUAAGCUCCAGUGUGGAAGGGAAACUGGAUCCUGUUUGUUGUUCUCUCUCCACUCAUGACAAAUAUUUGGGUUACAUGCAUGAUGCCUGUUGUUUUUCUGAGGCAGUGAGAUGUAAUGCUAAAGAGCAUUGUGAUAUUGAGAGGAUAAGUAUCUGCAAGUUACGCUUUCAGUUACCUAAUGGUCCUCAAAUGCAAGAUCAUCAACAUGAAAUGCUCAGAGACUUUGAAUGCAUGCAAUAUGGAAUGUCAACUGUGGAAGAACACGAAGGCUCUUCGAUAAUUGGUUGCUGGUUGACUUUGGCAAGUAGUCUAUUGUUGUCAACUUAAGACUAAACCAUUUAUAGAGCGAAGGGGGUAGAUUUUGCUUGCUUUUCUGACGCACUAACUUCUAUGCAAGUGGAACUGGUUGAAUGACAGAGAACAACAAUUAAUGUGAUUAAUAGUUAGAUCUGAC